GCCGUUCGGUUGUGUGGAACUUUUCUGGAAAAAUGGGCUCAUUCUGGCUUUUCUGGCUUGUCUGAUCAAAUAUAGCUUAUUAGGGCUGCAACUGUGAUUUUUGUUCCGUUGUUGCGACAAUGAUGACGAUCCCUAUGCAGAAAAGGCGACUAUUAUCCGUGUUACGAAUAAUCUACGUUGUCUCGUCGCUCUCUUUGCUUUCGCUGACAGCUUUCGUUGUCUAUAAUGCGGAAAUCGGACAGUGGAAAGCGGUGACUGGCGAUAAUAAGACCCGAGACAAUUCGUAUUUCUGCGUGGAAAACAUCCUUGAUCAACGAUCGUUUGGUUCAAAUGAAAAACAUUUACCCGCCAAAAGAUCUCGCGACGGUAAGAAGUUAACGGCAAUAAUGCCCGAAGCGCAGUGCAAGUUAUUGGAUUACACCGCUGAACAUGUAACGUCCUGCCUCGAUAUUCUCCAGUCUAAAAUCAGCUUAAAUAGAAAUAAUAAUGUUGCCGCAACUACGGAAAAGAAUAAGACGACGUUGCAUUUUGUUUUCAUUGGUGAUUCAAGAAUCCGACAGCAGUUUCUCAACUUUCUCAUGAUCAUUCCGGAAUACGACAGGACAAUGCAGCCGAAUCCCAUUCCGCCUUUUCACCACGGCCAAAUCAGUGUUAAUAGUAGCCUCCUUCAAUUGCGAGUUUCGUUUCACUGGCAGCCCGUCAUCAACAACGACGUCGUGAACAUGAUUCGCCAAUGGAUCGAUCCACCCAAUUUUAUCUUUCUAAGUAUGGCAGUUCAUCACAUGAUAGCAGAUAUCGAUUCCGUCAGCAUCUUGCAAUUGUACCAGCGUGAUCUUAAAGAACUGAGUCUUGUUCUCUCUCAAAUCGCCAGCGUCAGCCAGGUGAUAUGGAUCAAUCAGUAUCCAACAGUCGAUUUCUAUGGUGAGAUUUACAGCCACAACACGGCCAUUCAUUCCGAGAAGGUCCAUGGCUACAACAAAGCUGCUCGACGCAUAAUUGAGAAUCACAAGAGCAUCACCUUAUGGGACUCGAGUAACCGACUAGCCGAAGAAUAUGUUCGUGGCUGCGUGAUUUUCAGUCAUCGCGCAGGUAAAGCUCCGGCUAUGUGUGGAGAUUUCAUUUGCGAUCAGGUCAAAGUUCGCGAAAUCGCGUACAGAAAUUGCAAGGACUAUAUCCACACGGGUUACGUAGCUCUUUCACAAGCUACUCAAUUUUUAUUUAAUGACAUUUGCAAUAAGAAUUUUCACAAUUCCUAUUUUGUACAUACCGAUGCCAGAAAAAAAACAUUACAAUUUUGAUUAAUGGC